AUGCGGGUCGACCACUAUCAGUAUCUAGUGGACAGGGGGUGGAGACGAUCAGGCUCAUUAUAUUACAAACCUGACCUCCUGCGUUCAUGCUGUCCCCACUACACAAUCCGGCUCAAGGCGUCGGAGUUCAAGCCCAAAAAAGACCAGCGACAGGCGAUCAACCGUUGGAACGACUUUGUGCUCGGGCCAGAGUACAAGCGCAAAGCUGCUACCCUAUGUCCGCAGACUCGAGAGCAAGUCGGGGCUCCUUUCCUCGCUUUGGCUUCCGCUGACUUCUGCAGGGAAAAAAGCCGUCUGCGUGGUUGCUUUGAUCUCUCCCUCGCCGUCCACAAAGCUGAGUACGAUAAGAUCAGUCGUCCCAAGGACAAAAGGACAGGCAAUCCAAUCGAGCCUGCUCAUAAAUUCGAGGUCAACCUCGAAGGCGACAGUUUCACCAAGGAAAAGUACGAGGUUUUCCUGAAAUACCAAUUGGAAGUCCACAAGGAUCCUGCCUCACGCUGGAAGGAAGCUGCCUUCAAGCGAUUUCUCUGCACCGGCAUUGACCGGAAGAUACUCAAGAUAGGUGGUAAAACCCUCAAGCUGGGGUCUUACCACCAAUGCUACCGCGUCGAUGGCAAGCUCGUGGCAGUCGGAGUCCUCGACCUUCUCCCCCACGCUGUCAGCUCAGUCUACCUGUUCUAUGAUCCCGAGUAUCAGCACUGGGACCUUGGCAAGGUGAGUGCGCUUCGUGAGACAGCACUAGCAUUGGAGGCUGGCUAUGAGUAUUACUACAUGGGGUACUACAUCCACUCUUGCAUCAAAAUGAGAUACAAGGCCAGAUUCACGCCGACGUACAUGCUAGACCCAGAGACCUUCGAAUGGAAUCUUUUCGACGACAACUACCGCCAGAAGCUCGACAAGCGAAAGUAUGUCUCCCCUGCUCACGAUCGAAAAUCGGGGUCGGAAGCGGCGGAGAGCCAGGAACCCCACGAAUCCGACAAAGCGAAAACCACAGCCAGUGACGAGGAAGAUGCCGAAAUACCCGAAGGAUCCCUGUUUGAUUACGCAGUACCUGGCGUGUUGACCAGAGAUGAGGUUGAGCAACUCGAUCUAGACCACUGGCGUCUGGUUGUACGGAAUGCUUUAAUCGAGCUAGAGGACCUCCGAGGCUGGGAAGAGUGGAAAAUUGACGACCCAGGCUCAAUCAAGGGCAUCGCUGCAGAGCUUAUCGCAGCCACAGGGCCAAAGUUGCUCGAAAACAGUGCUUUGGUACUUUUCUGA